CGUACUUGCAAAAACAACACACUGCGAAUCUCGCAUUCCGCUCAAAUCGAAUCCCCCUCAAUGAAUUAUUGUCUUGGCGCACGAUCAAUCCGAUGUGGACUAGUCUUUCAGCUCUAGGGUUGCAACUUGUUAUUAGUGCCUCGAUGGCCGCCGCUCUGCGGCUGCGAUGUGAUACUGGUGCAGAAGCUUGGUUUUCCACCGCAGAUGAUCUGAUGUAUGGGUUGUGUAGGGAUGUCACGGAGUAUCCGUCACGGUGGAUGAUGGAUGAGGGGAGCCUGAUAUUGAUAUUGAAAAGGAAUGUAUAUUGUCAUCAAGUCAGCUCCGAGGUUAUUAAAUCCUGCGACAUUAUCGUAAUCUUGGAAAGCUUGGAUUAUUGUAUGAUAGAUCCAUAUCAAACAUUUGCUUGUGAUGUAUUGGCCAUAUAAGGUUCGAGUAUUACCAGAAGAAAAGAAACGAAGGUUCAAAAAGCUGUGACGAGGAAGCAAACAACUUCACCGCACUUGACUGCAUUGAAUUGCAGGUAAUUUUACACUCGAGGCUCAGCCAGCCCCUACCAGGAAUGAUGAUCUGACGCAUAAGUUCCGAAUCCUCACUUACAUAAACCCCCCCAAGCGGGUUAUUGUAGGCAGCCCCCAAUCAAAAUGACAACACUGGAUAGACAGGUUCAUUGGCAGCAUUGCAGUGAGCCGCAACCAUCAGACAUAGCAAAAGAAAGACGGCGAC